UCCUGUCGCGUGCUUGCUCGGACUGAAAGGCAAGCUUUCUGGUGCGUGAGAAACCAUGUGUGUGGAAGUGGAACAGCCAGAUUUAUAACUGACCGUGAGUCAUUUCUAAGGAAUCGCUUGGUUUAAUUUUUGUGCGUGUGUAGAUUUGUAUGACACCCCGAAUGAUUGACACAGCGCUUCCCCCGCCCCCACGCAGAGUGAAAACUGUCACAUACACAUUGGUUAAUAUCAGCAGAAAGAUACAGCAUCACAGAAGGACCACCUGCACGGUGAACUGUUAUCCUCCGGAAGAGUAAAAGAGGGGGAAAAAUAACGAAAUAUUCUAAAAUUGUACACGAGCUACGGAAGGAAUUUUUGGUGCGACUGCUGGCGGAAAACUUGGGAGAAAGCAGACGAAAGGGAGCGAGGUCUCAGGUUGACUGUUGUUGGUGCACCGCCAUGCAACAUGAGUAACGACAUUAACGGAGGUGGAGGGCUUCAGCCUAUCUGGAGCUUCAAUGGGUCAUCAGUGAAUCAAUCAACUGACCAGUUAUCCAACGCAACAUGCAAUAUGUCCACCAGUGAUUCAACUUCCUGCUCUCCUGUGGAUGACGGACUGGAUGCAGAAAGUCCAUACAAAGCUCUAGAGAUGAUAUUUAUUGCCUUGGUUACAGGAUCACUGAGCUUUGUGACUGUAACAGGAAAUAUUUUAGUCAUGCUCUCCAUCAAAGUAAACCGUCACCUACAAACUGUCAAUAACUACUUCUUAUUUUCAUUAGCGUGUGCUGACUUGAUCAUUGGUGUUUUCAGCAUGAAUUUGUAUACAGUCUACAUCAUUGUUGGCUACUGGCCACUUGGGCCUGUGGUCUGUGACUUGUGGCUAUCUUUAGAUUAUGUUGUCUCAAACGCCUCAGUAAUGAAUUUAUUGAUCAUCAGCUUUGAUCGCUAUUUCUGUGUGACCAAACCCCUCACCUAUCCAACAAGAAGGACAACUAAGAUGGCAGGGUUAAUGAUCGCGGCAGCAUGGAUCCUGUCCUUCAUGUUGUGGGCUCCAGCCAUCUUGUUCUGGCAGUUCAUUGUUGGAGAGCGAACAGUGCCACCUGGAGAAUGUUACAUUCAGUUCCUUUCUAACCCUGCAGUAACAUUUGGGACGGCUAUAGCGGCAUUUUAUCUUCCUGUCAUUAUUAUGACAGUCCUGUACAUAAACAUCUCACUGGCUUCCAGGAGCCGGGUCUCCAAACACAAACCGGAGAAGAAAGAGAAGAAGGGAAUAAAACCUCCCAACUUGAUGAAGAGUCACCUGUUAAAGCAAAACAAUAACAAUGAGACCAGUCCCCGCUCGACCCCCAAGCUCAGUUUGGACUCAACUACCACUGCGAGGAAUGGCAGAGUGGAAGAACCACAGCCUGUUCAGCUACUGCCUCCAACACAGCCCAGUCCAGCACUCACACAGGAGGAAAAGGAGAGUUCCAAUGAUUCGUCCACAGCUUUCAUUCAACACACAGAACCAAAGGACAACACCAACAUCGAGGUGUUAUCUGAGAUUCCAACAAAUGUCAACUCAGUUACCACGACAACAGCCAAUCUUACUGUGCCCAAGGGCAAUCCCACUUCACGGUGGUCCAAGAUAAAGAUUGUAACAAAACAGACCGGGAACGAAUGCAUCACAGCUAUCGAGAUUGUCCCACCUGUGGAGGGAGCUGAGAGGCGUUCGAUCCCAAUCAGCCGUCCCAGGACUGUGGCAAGAAAGUUUGCAAGCAUUGCUAGAAGUCAAGUGAAGAGGAAAAGACAGAUGGCUGCUAGAGAAAAGAAAGUGACCAAGACCAUCUUUGCCAUCCUGCUGGCUUUUAUCAUCACAUGGACACCAUAUAACGUCAUGGUGUUGAUCUCAACCUUCUGCCAGUCCUGCGUUCCUGACACUGUGUGGGCUAUCGGCUACUGGCUGUGUUAUGUCAACUCUACAAUCAACCCAGCUUGUUACGCACUGUGUAACGCCACUUUCAAAAAGACAUUCAAAAACCUGCUGCUCUGCCAGUAUAAAAAUAUAGGUACAAGAUGAGAUGGAAGAAGACUGAGGGUGGGAUAGAUGGGGAAGGGGCAUGCCACUGUAAGAAUGGGGGCCGAGGAAGGCAGAGGAAAUACGCCAAAAGGUGAGUGAAAGAGGGUUAAGAGACCUAAAUAGCAAUAGAAGGGUUCCUUCAUCUGCAGACAGUGAGCUACUGUGAUUUAUUGUGAAUGAAUUCCAGUCAUCACCAUUACUACAUACACAAUUAAGUAUGACUCCUGAUAUUGUCUGUUAAAAGAAGCUUUCUUUUUCUUGGAGGUUGUGAGCUCCUCUUCUGGCUCCUUAGUUGGCCUUUUCCCCUUUGAAAAGAAGCUCUUCAAAGACAUUUGUUUUUUACUCAUUUUUGCUAGUUUGCAGGCUUAUUUUUUAGCAACGUAUAACGUGAAGUCGUGACCGACACAGGCGUCUUGACAUGUCAAGAGGCACAGGUGGAUGAUACGUUGGAGAUAAUCCCGUCGUUUUUCAUAAUAAAUCAUCUUCCAGACUCUAAAAAUCAAUGCAAUGGAAAUUAUAUAAAUGAUUUAUUCUUUCUGUGUGGCCCAGUAACAAAUGCCUCAUGGCCAGGUGGUUGGGGGCCACUGCUAUAGAUGUCAUAGGCAUCAUAAAACUGGCAAAAUGACUGAAAAUCAAGAAAUGAAAUGAUCAAGAAAUUAUCAAGAAAUAAAAUGAUCUACAAAUACAGCAGAGGACAGAUAAUUGGGACACUGACUGAGGAUAAGUCAAAGUUGGAGGUGAAACAGGUGGAGGUAGCAGCAGAACAAAUAAAAGGAUUGUAAGUGGCAUACCACACAUGCUAUAGCAACCAAACAGCUUUAACUCAUGAGCAACAAUAGCAGCUAACUGUGUUAAACAUACUACUUUUGUACAGCUUGACUACUUCAAUAAACAUAGGGGGACAUUUUGUGUUUAGGUCAUUCCAUUUAGGAAACAAGUAAAUAAUUUUGCACAGUAUUUGAAGCUGUUUUCAAAAAGUGUAUUUUACACAAUUAGCCUAUACUUUGUUAGCUAACCUUUUUUUUUUCUCAAGUAUAAAUUAGAAUAUUAAAACAUGAUUACAGCACCACUAGAAGUCCUUUGAAGUUUGUCAUCGAAUAACUUAAGAAUGGUAUUUGGCUGAAAAUGCAAUAUCAAUUUUCCAAACUGUUCUAGAUGAGGUGAGGUAGGGCCACAGUGGGAAGCAGUAAAUAUACACUAUGUAGUAAAUAUAUAGUGUAUGCUUUACCUAAGUACCAAAUUGUGACAGCAUAAUGAGUAAUUGUUCUCCUUAGAUCUACAGCAAUUUCUUAAUAUCGAGUCAUGAGACCUGCAAUUCAGUGUGGCCCUUAGACAGUGUAGCCCUCAGCCUAUCAGAGUGGCUCAGCAUUGAGUUUCAUGUAUUUGUUCUGUCCAAACAAAAUAUUUGCCAAGAUGAUAUGUCAGUUUUAAAUGAACGAACAAAUGUUCUACAUAAUUAUGGCUUAUCCUCUGAGGACCAUGGCUGUAUACAAAUUCUAUCAAGGGAAAAUUUGUUUCAGAUAUGUUAUGCACAAAUUGGGCAGCUUGACUAGGAGUAUUCCUAGAGGAAUUAGUCAUUAAGUAUCAAAAACACAGAUUGUUCAUCCUCUGAGGAGUCUGACGAUGUCACUUGAUUUUGUGGCAGUCUCCUGUUUAGACCUUGACAGUUGACAGGUUUCAGGGUAAUGUAGCUGGUAGUUGUAGGACAAACAUUUCUGUCAACAGACUAAUACAUUUAUUGACCCUGGUCAUCAAAUCACACCUGUUUAGUCUUAAGACAGGCUUACACCAUGCAGGUUUUAUUGAUUGAUUAUUGAUUACAAUUGAUACAACAGGCUAACUAAUGUUGUUUUAAUUGACCUUCCUGCUCACACUGAUGAGUCAAAAUUUGGAUUGGAUUUUUCAGGCUUUUUUUUAAGAGUAAAAUAACAGGUAUUGUUAAAAUUUAUAUUAUUCCUGGACCAGACCAGGUUAUUUUUUAUUCUGCUUUGUUAGAAGAGUCAAAGAGGAUUUAGGAAAAUGCCUUCAGAAUGUGAGUGAGUGUUAUGAAACAAUGGUAUGGGGUUAAAAUGGCCACCAAGUUUCAAUUUCACAUGUUCACAGAAGAUUAUCUCUGUGAUUCGAGUGUAUGUAGUACAGGUGCCAGGGCUGGGACGCGGCCUAGUUAUCCUUGAAUUUAUUCUUUUUUUCUCUUUAUUUAUUCACAUCAGAUUCUGUUAACUUGUCCAGAUUCAGACUAAGUCCAAAAAAAUCUAUCUGUGAAGGCCUCUAUUAUGUUAUAAUUAUAGUUAUGGAUUUAUAUUGGACAGAAUUACAUGUAAAUAAGAAACAUUCAUUAUUAUUAACACUUGGCUGAGCAGUUCAUGUACAGUAUCUCUCCUCAAAUCACACCUGUUUACCAGCUUUACAAUUAAGGACAGAAUAAACAACAUGCAUGAAGAGAAGAAUCCAACAUGUUUGACAUUGUGGAAAAUAUUCUGUGCCCUCCUGCAACUAUUUUUCGAAUGUUGUGUUGCCUGCCCUGUACACCUAGUGCCGAAUAGCAGUUGAGGUAUAAAUAAAUAACUUUGUGGUUAUUUGAUAUUGUUAUUGCACAUGUAACUUAUGUUAUUUCUCUAAUGCAAAUGCAGAAUGUAUGCAUUAGUUGGCCGUUGGCUGUAUGGUGUGUUCAAGUGCUACUCUUUCAACCUGACUGGCCCAGACAAAGGAGAAGGGAGGUGAUGCAGCAGUUGGCCUUCGUUGUUUCAUGUCAGUUUGGUGUGUCUCUGCCCUAACAUUUCAACAAGGCCCUCCCCUCAUUUCCUGUUACCUCAGCAUUGUCCACUGUACCUAUGAUGCAGCAUAGGUAUGGUCAAAGGGCAGUUCUUAUGAAGUAAUUUAAAAUCUAUUUCCUUCAUUCUAACUAAAAUUUAAAGUUUAGCAACAUCACUCAUUUUUCCACAUCAUCAUGCCAUUGGCCGUGUUUGUACAAAAAUGUACUGUAUAUUACAGUAUGGUGUACCUAAUGUCUAUAAUUAUCACAUGUCAAAACAGAAAAAAGUGAAUUCUAAGGCAGUAUUAUGAAAUGAAAAAAUUUCUCUUUGUCACUUAUUCUCAGUGACAGACACUAGAGACUUUUAGAAAUUCAUUCUGUUCUCUCCCCUGCAGUAUCACUUCCUUUAGUCAUUAUUCUUCAUGCUCUCUUCCACCUUAUCACUCAGUGGUCGUCUCCUUCGCUGUAUAUUUCUGUUGCAAAGUUAUGCAAAUUAUGGAGCAGUAAUUGCACUGAUAUCAUCAGAUCACCUAAAUGACAUAUCUAAAUUAUAUGACAGAUUAAAUUAAUAAUUUUAAAAAAUGGAUAAAAAUAGAGUACUAAUAAAAAUUCUUGUUUAAAGAAAGAAGCUCAAAGGUUUAGUUUCUUAGCUCAAAUGUAUAUUUAGUUAUGUCCUUGUAAUAAAUUCAGGGUUAUAGUAAGUCGAAGCACCUUCCGAGAUCCCAGAUGAAAAUUUCCAUGUAUUUUUUCAUUGAAUAGAAACACAUCUCUAUGUUUUCUAUAAAUGCCUAUUGUUACUCUUCUGUACCUCCUGCAUAUUUCCCCCCUCUUACUCUACAUAAUUUGUCUUCUGACGCUGAUUCAGUUUUUCAUUAACCCUUAUUGGCAGAAAGGAUUAUGGGUUGCUUCCCUGACAAAGUUAAUUGACAAGAUGUGCAGAAUAAAUGGCAGCAGAAAUUGGACUAACUACCUGACUGCUUUACUGACUGAAAGAACGAAAGCUUCACUAGGCAUAGUAUUCAUGAGAACAUCCAUCCAUCUUAUUAACCUAAAUUACAAAACUGUAACAGAAAAAUGUCAAAACAUAAACCCUCCCAAGGAAAUUCCUGGAACUAGAUGAAACUGCUGAAAAAGUGAUAUUCUCAAAUGUAGAUUUUGUGCUUUUCCAAAGGGGAUGGGAUCACGCAUCAUCAGUGUUUAAAGAAGACUCACUUUAUUAUGGUCGGGGAAUUGUCAUGGCCAUGGUCAAAAAACUAAACAGAAUUAGGUUGUCCUGGUAGUCUAGGGUUUUUAGGUGCACACAGGAAUUGUGUUACAUCUUCUCAUUGCUUUUAUUUCCUGCUAUCUCUUUGUGAAGGAGUGCUCCAUUCAGAGAAAGCAGAACCUUUGAGGUUUGCUGGUGAACCUUUGAUUUUCUUACUGGUGUCUUUUGUUUCAUGACAGCACUCACCCCUCUGAGCCACGGGAGGGAGAGCAGAAGUGUGCAGUGGAGUAGUGAAGAUGAGGUUAAUCCUUUAAUCCUCACCAUCCCCAACUUGAAAAUUAUUCAAAAGAAAUUCUUUUAUUUAUAACAUUAUUUAUGUGAUGUCAACUAACUAGCUUCCUUGGCUAAUGCAACUUAGCUAAUUCAGUACAUGUUAGCUACGUUAGCAAUUUCUUUACUUGUAAAACAGGUUACAUUCUGCUAUCUCUGUUGUUACCAUUUGCAAGAAUUGCUCCCCAACACAGUUAUAUCCUACUUCAUGUGUUCUUUGUGGAUGCUAACCUUAUCGAUGGCUGUAAGUACUGCCCUAGGUUGACAGGACAGAGAAAUGUCCUGUCAGUUGCCAAUCACACAAACAUUCAUCCAAACACUGAUUAUUAAUUGACAGGUCAUUCCUGUUGUCAGCUUACGCUUCAAGUCAUCUCUCUGUCAUUUUUCAGUGGUUUUUACAUUCAUUUGGCUUAGGUGCUCCACAAAAACACUUAGGCACUACACCCAAGCCUCUCUAUGGUAGGGAAAACCCUGAUCUUGAGGUUCCCUGCUAUAACACAUUUAACUGAUUACAUUAGCCUUUUUUGCCUUUAUGAAACAUCUUCAGGUGUUAGAAAUUCAGCAAUGGGUUUGUCAUUUUAUGAUAGUUGGGUGUGGGCAGCAGUGUGCAUGUGUGUGUUUAUUGGUAAGAUUAUUUUCAAAGUAACAGGAGAGUAAAUUAGGGAAAGUAAAAUAAAUAGUGAGUAGUUUUAAUAUUUACUAGAGGAAAUUAAUUAUUUAAAGUAGGAGUAGUGCAAGGAAUAGUAGAAAGAUUUAAAAAUGACAGUACUCCAGUUUUUAGUUAGCUCUCACAUGGGCCAUAUACUUCUACACUGGCUCCAGGAAGUAUUUAGACCUCUUCACUUUUUGCACACUUAAUUAUUCAGUAGAUUUAAUUUUAAAUGGAUAAAAUUGCCAUCUUGUUCACAAUCAACAGUAAAAUGACAUGCUUCACACAGCUGGCUAUUGAGCAGAUUAUCACAUUCUUCUGGGCAGCAUGACAUGCAGUGUGAAUUGUGGAACCUUAUAUAUACACACUGGCGUGUGCCAUUUUAAACUGUGUCCAAUCAGUGCAGUUAGUCACAGGUGGAAUCCAGUCAGGUUCUAGACACAUGUCAAGGAUAAAUAAAGUAAUCAAGGUGCUUCCAAUCCAAUCUGAUGGUGCUUGAGAGGAUCUGCCAAGGAAAAACUAAGUCCAAGAGACCUACCCAAGAAGCUGCAAUUGUUGCCAACAAUUACCUCUAUAAAGUGCUGAAUUAAGGUUCUGAACAAUUUUGUGAAUGAGACAUUUUAAUUGUUAAUAAACGUAUUUAAAAUCUAAAUGGUUUCCCUUUAUAAUUAUGGGACAAAGUGUAUAUAUUGACUGAGGGGCAAAAUUGUACUUUCCAUUUAAAAUUGAAUCUAAAACAUAAAAUAUGCAAAAAAGUGAAGGGGUCUUAAUAUUUUCUGAAGCCACUUUAACAGUGGUUUGCUGCCCUUAAUGAAUCAUUGUUGAUUUAAUUUUUUUAACAAUGAAUGGUAUUACAGGUUUCCUGUGGCUGCUAUUGGGAAUACCUCUGUUUUUUUAUUUACUUUUUGUCUGUAUAUUUUUUAAUGACUUUCUUUUGUACUUUUUAAUGUAACAUAUUAUUUAUAUAGACAAUUUUCAAAGCAACAUAGAGCAUCACCUGGCAUAAUACCCAUCUAGUAUUCUUAAAUGAAAUGUACUAAAGAUACUGUAUAUGAGAAGCAACUUGUGUUGAUAAAGAAUUG